CGUAAUUAUACGCGUUUCGUACCGACUCGUUCCUCUCUCGCCCCUCCCCCGAAGCCAACCGGGCAACGUAAAAACCGAUAAACGCGGAAACUUAUGGACGGGCGGACGGCGACCGACGACGCGAACGUUGUUUUUCACGGUGAAAACGUACGCGCGAAUAACGCGUUGCGCAGCGCCGGAACACGAAUACAUUGCGUUGAAGGUAGGCCCGGCGGAACGCUUUAUAUGCGUAUUAUCCGUUCCCCCCGGGGAGACUCGUGCGUUACCGCCGCCGCCGCCGACCGCGAUUCAAUAUAUUUUCGUCGCAGCAAACCAGAGAAGACGACGCGUCGUCGUUCCGUUGCGUCACGACUCGCAACAGUUUCGAAUAACCGGAACAGUACAACUCUAUAAUAUAUUAAUUAUUGACAACCCUACCUCUCGAAACCUCGGCACAAUCAAACAUUCGUAAUAUUGUGAUAACUCUGCGUUUUGUUUCCUUUCGCUUUCAUUACGCGUCGUACCUUCUCGUAAUAUCAUUGUUGCGAUAACUUCUUACGGGACGAUACGAUAUUGAACGAUCGUCGUUAAACACCGCGACCGUAGACGAAUCGACAAUCGGUACCGACAUGGCGUCCACUUCAAACGCGGCAAACGCCGACAUGGGCGAACACUACAGUCAAAUAAAGACUGCCACGGACAAGUUUUUCACCGUCUUACGAGACGCGAAAACUUACGAAAGCCAGGGCAAAACAAAUCAAGUAAGUCGCCUUUAAAAAAUAAUGCAACGAUUUGGACACGUUUGUUUUUUCACGCUUGUUUGUCUCAACAACGUAGGCCUUAUUGGAAUACGAACAGUGUUUGACUAUUAUCGAUGACGUGUUCGCCGUUCCAUUGAUACGACCGACCGAUCAGAGUUCUGAAUGGACACAGGUGAACAACAUUCUACAAUAUUUAAAAACCGAAAAGUACGUACCGGUAAAAGUUAAAACCAGUAGCUCAGUAAUACGAUAAAUAAAAAUUUCCUAUGUUUACUGUAGAAAAGAAAUUUUAAACCGUAUAGUCGAGUUACAAAGAGAUAGUGAUACCACGAUCGUUACAGAAAGACCUUUACACAGUCCUCCGUCGUAUCAAGAAGCUACAUCAGGUUUAAGCGAUGAUCAAUCAAUUAUUUCAGAAACGGACCAUCAAGUUUCGUUUCAUCAGUUGUCAGAAAUGCUCAGAGAUUUACGCGUUGACAUCGAACAAAGUUCAACUGCUGUUACACUGAUUUCCAGUGACAAAGCGCAAGUCUUUUUUAUUUCUGACAACGGUCAAGUGACAUCACCUACCGACGUCGGGUCAAAUGUAAAAAUCUUUAUGCUCGAAGGUAUUCAACUAAAUAUUUAACACAUGAUAAUAAUACCUAUGUAUGUCCUUAACUAUUAUAUUUUAUUCAGGUACAGAAUUAAACAUCACGCCGCGUUACUUUCUCUACAUUGAAGAUAUCUACUAUCCUCUUGUUGCCAAUGGCUCCCCUUGUCUUCGUACGGAUUACGGAGCAUUUUUAUUUCCAGACAUUGAGAAUAAAAACUCGUCUAUUGGUGUUUUAAUCCAUCCAGAGGAUUUAGAACUUUUUACUGAUAUUCUAGAAGAUAUACUUAAAAAAUCAUUGAGAAAGAAAUCUGAAAGUACAAAUGCUAGAGAAAGAGGUCAUAACAUUUCAACACAUAUUAUUAAUGGAGCAAAUUUUGUAUCAAAUGGAUUAAUCAAAGGUGCUGAAAAAACAACAAAUUUCAUGAAUAAUUCUACUCCGGGGUUGUUGAACUAUAUUAGCCCUUCUCAAAAUGAUAAAUCUGUAUGUACUCCUGUGAAAAAAGGCAUUAAAGUCGCAAAAAAUGUUACAUGUACUGCUGCAGAUGUUACAUGUUAUGUUGGUAUGCUUGAAAAUGUAUUAACUUAGUAAAAACCUAAAAAAUCAUAUUAAUUUACAUCAAACCAAUAUGAAUACAUAUAUUGUUUAGCCGGAAAAAUAGGAACAGCCUCAUGUGUAGUUGGAAAAUUUCUUGCUCCACACGUACAUAAAGGUGGUACAAAGAUAUUAACAAAAGUCACCAACAUGGACCAAAACGAUGCUUCCCAGAAAAUGACAAAUGUGUUUGACAUAGCAGCUGGUGCCCUUGAGGGUUUCGGAAUCAUAUAUGAUGGGCUUGAAAAAUCUGGUAUUAUGCUCGGUAACAGUAUUUCGAAUAAUACUGUUCGCAUAGUUCGUCAUAGGUAAUUGUAUAUAAAAACAAAAUAAUAAGAAUUUUUCAAUCAUCAUAUAUUUUUUAGGUAUGGGAAAAAUGUUGGCGAUGUGACACAGGACACAUUUGAAACAGUUGGCCACGGAUUAAGAUUCACUAAAACAGUAAAAGAGCUAGGCCCUAAAAAUAUUGUUAAAUCUACUGUUAUACAAACUGGACGUUCCUUGAAUGUACCAAAGGUGGAUUAAAAUCCUAAGAAAUCACUGUGAUUAGCUGUGCUGUUAUUAAUCUGAUUACCUAUUAAAUAAUAGUUUUUUACCAAAUUAUGGAUUAUUUUUUUAAGUUUUCAAUAUUAUAUUAUAUAUGUUUAUCUAGUGUUAUCUUCUUAAUCUAUUUUUUUUUUUUUUUUUAUAUUACUUUUAGAUAUUAAAAAUGUGAUUUAGGUGAAAAUGUAAAAAUAAAUAUGCUUAUAAAUCAAAAUUUUAGAUAUAAGAGUACAUAUUUUUCUAUAUAUUUUCAUAUUAUGCAAGUUGUUAUAAAUUAUAUUAUUAUAUAAUUAAAUUAUUUUUGUGGGUAUUUGGUUGGUGUGUUGAAUUUAAAGUACCUAAAUAAAAUGUCAAACUUAAUAAAUUGUGUAGUUCUUUGAUGUAAUACACCACACAACUCGAAAAAACUGAAAAAAAAAACUUGUUAAGUACCUAACCACUAUACCACUUUAGUCAAAUAA